AUGAUAGAUUCUUAUCCUCCUGUUGUAAUUGAAAAUUCUUCAUGUAAUAUAAGGGCAGGAAUAGUUGGAGAUUCAGCUCCCAGAUGCUGUUUUCCAACUGAAGUUAAAAAAUUAAGAGAUUGUAAAUAAAAAAGAAUAUUAAUUGGAAAUGAUAUUGAAGAUAACCUAUAAAAUUAUUAGACUUGUUAUCCAAUUUAAUUUGGCUAAAUAACGGAUUGGGAAGCUAUGGAAUAAAUUUGGCAUUAUAUAUUUGAGACCCAAUUAAAAAUUUCACCUUCAAAUCAUCCUGUGUUAUUGACAAAAGCACCUAGAAAUCCAAAAAUCAAUUAAGAGAAGACGACAUAGUUUAUGUUUGAAAAUUUUGAAGUUCCUUUUCUUCAUAUUUCAUAUCAAACUGUGCUUUCAUUAUAUUCAUUAGGGAAAACUACAGGUGUGAUAUUAGAUUCAGGAGAAGGCAUUACGAAUUGUGUACCAAUUUAUGAAGGUUUCUAAUUAAGUUCUUAGCUUUAAAGAUUAGAUGUUGCUGGUAGCAGUUGUACCAAUUAUUUAUCAUUAUUGUUAAAAGAUGAGUUUCUAAAUAUAUCAACUCCAAGUUAAAGAAAUAAAAUUGCUAAAGAUAUUAAAGAAUCUCUAUGUUAUGUAGCAUAAGAUCCUAUUGCAGAAGAUAAUAAAUAUUUAGGAAACACUUCAAAUUAUAGUUAACACAUUCUACCUGAUGGAUAUAAAUUAACAAUAAAAGAAUAAAAAUAUCAAUGUCCAGAAAUUUUAUUCAAUCCUAAAAUAGCUGGAUAUGAAAUGCCAGGUAUUCACUAAAUAACAUAUAAAUCUAUCUUUCAAUCUGAUAGAGACAUUUAACAAUAACUUUAUAAUAAUAUAGUUAUUACUGGAGGAACAACUUUAUUUCCUGGACUUUAAGAUAGACUUGUUAAAGAAAUUAAUAAUUUAGUUCAAUCACCUCAAACGAGAGUUCUUGUACCUCCAAAUAGAUUAAAUUCAACUUGGAUUGGAGGAUCCAUUGUAAGUACAUUAAUGAAUUUUAAACCAUUUUGGAUUACUAAACAUGAAUAUGAAGAAUUUGGACCAUAAAUUGCUCACAUUAAAUGCUUUUGA